AUGUCUUCUCCUGGGAUCAAACCACGGGAGCAUGUGGACAUGAUGUACAUCUCCAUUGAGACAGCUAUUGCCCUGGCCUCCGUGCUGGGAAACGUCCUGGUGGUGCUGGCGGUGUGUGUGAACCGGGCUCUCCGCAACACCACCUUCAGCUUCAUCGUGUCUCUGGCUGUGGCUGAUAUCGCCGUGGGAGUUUUGGUCAUCCCUCUGGCAAUCAUCAUCAGUCUUGGAUUUAGCACUCAGUUCUACACCUGUCUCAUCCUCUCCUGCUUGUUGCUGAUCAUCACUCAGAGUUCCAUCCUCUCGCUGUUGGCUAUCGCCAUUGACAGAUAUCUACGAGUCAAGAUACCAACCAGAUACAGCCUCAUAGUGACCCAAGGGAGGGCAUACGUGGCAGUGUGCCUGUGUUGGAUCCUCUCCUUUCUCAGUGGAUUGGUACCAAUGAUUGGCUGGAAUAACCGUGAUGCCAUCAGAAACCUCAGCAGUUCCAGUGAGAUUGUCUGCGAGUUCACCAACGUCAUCAGGAUGGACUACAUGGUGUAUUUUAAUUUCUUUGGCUGGGUGGUGGUACCACUGACCAUAAUGAUCAUUCUGUAUGCGGAGAUCUUCCGAGUGAUCCGGCAGCAGCUUAACCGCCGUGCUCAGGCCACAUGUGACGGAGAGAGGUAUUACCGGAAGGAGCUAAAGCUGGCCAAGUCACUGGCAUUGGUGGUCUUCCUUUUUCUUCUGUGUUGGCUGCCAAUACACAUCAUGAACUGCAUCGUCUUCUUUAGUCCAGAGUGGGGCAUGCCCAAGUUUGCCAUGUAUACAGGGAUUUUCAUGUCCCAUGUGAACUCAGCCCUGAACCCGAUGGUUUAUGCUUUCAGGAUAAAACGGUUCCGUCUCACACUGAUCCAAAUUUUCCGCCGUUGCAUGUUAUGUAAACCUGCACAGCCGACUGCAUGCCCCACCAGCACUCCAGGCCUGACCGAGAAAGAAGACGUAAAACUGUAAGGACAAGGACGACGUUAUGAUUUUUUAAAACCUGUUGUCAAUGAGAGUUUUUUGGUGACAAUUGGAGUAUUAUAUGAACCACUGGGAUAAUAGAUUAAAUACACAGGGAAUCAGUUACUUUCAGUGAAUGGCAAAAAUGUUAAUUUGUGACUUAGUUACUUAUAUUUAAAUCACAGUGACUUGCUUGAGUAGAAAAAAAUAAGGCACCGCAAUCUGCUUUACUUAAUUUUAAUUCAGGUUAGACUUGACAAAAAAAAUAAAUAAAAAAAUAAAGUUGAACAGUCUGGGAAUUGAUGGAGUUAAGGAUGAACUUGCUCAUGAAUACAUGCAAGCCAUUUAGUUAACAUAGUCAAAUUGGGUAAAACAAGCAUUCAAACCAUUUUGGAACAAGACAAAACUCUCAAGGAAAUAAACCUAUAAUUAUCUUCAAAUAACAAACACACUGACAACUGAUGUUUAGAAAGUCAUGAAAGAAAAACUGUGAGAGGUUGUAUCAAGGAAGCAAGUUUCUUCACAUUGCGAGGUUGAACAAAUCCCCAGACCCACACAUUAUAAUCGGUCACAUAUGUUCCACUUUUUGUAAACUCUCACUUUACGAACCGUAGUUGCUGAUGCAUGAUAACUGUCAUCCAUCCAGUCAUCAACUUUUAUGGGAAUGGGUUACAAAAGCAACGGACGGGGAAAGAUCCACAACUUCCAGCUCAACAGCCAUCUCCAGCAGCUCUUCUAGAGAAAUACUAAAGCAUUCCCCAACCAGUUGAGUGAUCAUCUCUUUGGUGCGUCAUGGGCUUGCCUGAAGCCUUCUCCCAGUGGAACAUUACCCGAUAUCCAAUCGCAUCCCCUGGGAGAACACAUUCGGACUAUUUUUGUGUCCACAACAUUAUUUGCUUUAUACCACUGUUUAAAACAAAGGGAAUUUCUCCUAAAUGGAUGGACCAUUUUAAAACAUUUUGUCUCAUGCCUUUUCUACAAAUCAACAUCUCUAUAUUUCACCAUUUACUUUUAAAAGAAUAUGUUUUUUUCCCUUUAAAAUACUACAUGUAGAAAUGACUAUUGUUUGAAACAGUACUUUGGGGAAAAAUGUAAUGAAAGCUUGCUGUUUAUGCUAGAAGCAAACUCAUACUCACUGAUGUCAUCAUGAUUAAUGCUUUUAGUUGCAUUCAUGUCUGUCCAAAUACCAUGGUAAUCCAUCAGGGAUUUGUUUAGAUCAAUCUGAACCAGCUGAUGGACUGAGUGAAAACGAAAUUAGAUUUGUCAUGAAGGAUCCAUUCAAGAAUCAUAACUUCCAAUGUCCGCAGGUCACAUAAAUAAAAGGAGAGGAGUCAAAAUGAUACGAUUUAUGAGACUACGGUUGAUAGAACAUUCGCUGUGAGCUCUUUGUAUAACAGAAACCACUCAAUACGGAGAGAAAUAAAAAAGUCCUGCUUUGACUGCAAAUUAACAGUAAAGUCACUUCCUUAAAUGAAGCAGAACUCUGGCAGGAGCGAAGCAAUUGAAGCCCAAGUCGUUAUCGCUGGAAGCAGAGAUCUCUUCAGCUAAUUCAGCUGGUUGAGGCCAUAUUUCAGAGGCUGGGGCAGUGAAGUGAAAGGCUUGGGAGCAUUUGAGUAAAUUACCCUCAGAGCAUUAUACUGAGGUGAUUUAUUCCAAGUCUAAAGCUAAAGCUUCUGCAUCAGCUCUGCUUUGUCAUCAGUUUGACUUCUGCUUAAUUUCAGCCAAAGGUUCUUCAAUA